GACAAGAUUCGAUAUUUUUCUUCUUCCCUACAUCUGUCAUGAAUGACUAACUUUACAUGUGCACCGUUUUGGAAAGCACGCCAUUUUUGUUGUUUGACUUAAAAAAUUAGUUUGGCAUAGAAAAUGGGGACACGUGUAUAUGUUGGUCGGGUGUCUCACCAUGCUAGAGAAAGAGAUAUUGAGAGAUUUUUCAAGGGUUAUGGACGAAUUCGAGAUGUGAUGCUAAAGAAUGGAUACUGCUUUGUGGAGUUUGAAGAUGACAGGGAUGCAGAUGAUGCUGUUUAUGAAUUGAAUGGGAAAGAGCUUAUGGGUGAAAGAGUUGUGAUAGAGCAUGCAAGAGGUACAAGACGUGAUCGUGGUGGUGGCGGCGGAGGAUAUGGUGGUGGUGGCGGCGGCGGUGGAUAUGGUGGUGGUGGUGGCGGCGGUGGAAGAAGCUUCAGGCGCGAUCCUAGUUGGCUGUCUAAGUAUGGGCCACCGACAAGAACUGAUUACCGGAUUAUAGUGGAGAAUUUAUCCUCUCGUGCUAGCUGGCAGGAUUUAAAGGACUAUAUGAGACAAGCAGGGGAAGUGACAUAUGCUGAUGCUCACAAGCAGAGAAAAAAUGAAGGAGUUGUGGAUUUUUCAACAAAAGCAGAGAUGAAAAGAGCCAUUGAGAAAUUGGAUGGUACUGAAAUAAAUGGACGAAAGAUCCGGAUGAUUGAAGAUAGACCUAGCAGACGAAGGAGAAGCUACAGCAGAAGUAGGUCUCGCUCUAGAAGUCGCAGCAGGUCCAGGUCUCGCAGCCGCUCUAGAAGCAGGAGUCGUAGCAGGUCCAAUAGAAGCAGCAGGAGUAGAAGCAGGUCAAGGUCUCGAUCUGAAAAGAGGUCACGGUCGAGGUCACGUUCAGAAAAAAGAUCUAGGUCAAGGUCUAAAUCAAGGUCAAAGUCUCCAGAUGGCAAAGGUGAUAAUGACAAGGAUGAAUCAUGAUCACAAAUAGCAAACACAUACAUACAUACUUACAUUAUACUUUCAAUUGAUGUCUUAAAUGAGGGACGACCAUUUUGUCAACUGUAGUGGAUAUUUUUCUUUUGAUUACUUUUGCCAGAGAGAAAAUGCUCUACACUAUUUUACAUCAUUUAUUAUGAGUCUGAGUGGAAAGUUUUAAGAAUCUUUCAGGUCAGCAUCUGCAGCUAUGAGGUUUAUAAUAUGAAAUGAUGUUUGUUCACUUUUUUAAAAUGCUCUUUUUUACCAUCAUUUAUAUAUUGUUAUGUUUCUAUGAAAUAUACAUGUUGUUUUUUGUGAGAUCACUAGAUUACAUAGUUUAACUAUUGGUAGAUGUCGUAAUGCAUUCCUGUGUCUCGUAUUUCAUAUCAUAUAACAUCAUCAUUAACUCACUGUUUGACCUUCUUAUGAUAUAGUCCAGUUAGUCUUGACUUGAAUAAAGUUUUUCAUAAUUUCCUCACUUGCAGUCUUUUGCAUGGAACUGAAAUUUGUUAUCAAGUAUAUAAAAUAGUUGGAUGACAUAGGGGAAUCUCUGCUGUAGAACAAAUUAAUCAUAACUGUAAAUAUAUUGCCAUGCUAUCACCAUCAUCAACACAUUGUAUUUUUUAUUGAAAUAAAAAGUUAACAAAAGUU